GAGGUUCAGGUAACGUAUUCUACGUCGAGCGGUCCCGGUGGUCAGCAUGUCAAUAAAACUCUAACGAAGGUCCAAGUCAAAUUUCACGUUGCAUCCGCUACAUGGAUCCCCGAGGACCUGAAGCCAUUUCUUAUCGAGAAGGAAUCGAACCGCAUAACUAAGGAUGGAUACUUCGUUAUUCAAUCCGAUAGAACACGUCAACAGAUUCUUAAUCAGGCUGAUUGUUUUGAGCGAAUUAGGCGAAUGAUAAGGGAGCGAUUGACUGAGAUGAACAAACCGCUUCCCUCUGAAGACACGGUUGAAAAGCAUAGAAUAUGUCACCUACGGGAAAAUGAAAAGCGCUUGGCAGUCAAACGAACCGCCUCAAUGACCAAGGCCUAUAGGCGGAAGCCAACCGUGUGGGAUUUGUAG